AUGAAAUUGAGGAUCAAGCCUCUGCCUUUGGACCGAAUCUCUGCAAUCUAUAAUUCUCUCAUGCUGGUCAUGUCUGUGAUUGUUUUAGUUGGGUGUCUGGAGGCCACUGUGGAGGAGAUAAAAGAGAUGAAAUGGCUAAGGAGAAAGAACAGUGGAGUAGAAUUAAUGGUGUGUUUUCCUCUUGGAACUCGUUCUGCAGGAAGGGUUUUCUUCUGGUCUUAUGUUUUCUACCUCACCAAAUACUAUGAGCUGUUGGAUACAUUCAUCAUGAUUUUGGGGAAAAAGUCUGUGAAAUUCCCUCAAAUCUUGAGCACCACAGUGCCCAUAUUUGUGUGUUUCUUCUGGUUGGAAUUCUCCCAGUCUCUUCAGAUUCUAUGCAUCCUGACCAACACUGUUAUGAAUGUGAUCUUAUGCUCUGAUUUUUUCAUUCGGGGCAACAGGGGAUUGAAUUGCUCCCCUCGUAGAACGAAUCUUGCAGCCUACUGCAGAAUGGUUGAGCUGGGUGUGGCAUAUUCAGGGAGUAUUUGGGUGGUUUGGUUACAUAUGAGGAAACAGGGCUGUAAUGGAAUGGUGGGCUGCCUGUUGAAUGCAUUCUGCAGCGCCAUUCUGUUUCUUCUUUUUAUCAGAUUCCAGAAACAGGGCCAAACGAAAAACCAGUCAAGAUCUGCCUAA